AUGUCGAUGAAUCCAACUACCCCGCCCCACGAAGACGCAGACAUGGCGCUGUUUGCGGACGAAAACGGCCAGGAUGCUACACCUCCUCCUCGAGUCGCUGCACGAUUCUACCGGAGCACGAGCUCUCGUCGUAGGGGUUCCGCGAACUCGUCUCGUCGCAGCUCGAUCUCCUCAUUGCACUCCCAUUAUUCGAACCUUUCUUGCCAUGGUGGCCCCCGGAGCACUCAUAUUGCGCAGCACCUACGACGAGCAUCGAUCAUCGAGACACGAAAGGCGCGAUUGGCUGAGAGAGCUGCUCACGCCGAGCAAGUACGUCUGAGAGCCGCUGCAGCAAAGGCCGCGCCCAGGACUUCUCAUACCGAAGAGCGGGCUGCAGCCGCACAAGCGGCGCGGGAGAAGCUGCUGGCCGACAUUGCUGCUAGGUGUGAGGAAGAGGUCCGAAGAGCGAAGCGAAUUGCAGAGGAGAACAAAGAGAGGAAGGCUGCCGAGGAGGCUCGGUUGCGAGAAGAGCUGGCAGAGAAGUUCGCCGGAGCAGCAAGAAGGAAAACCCUAUACCAGAAUUCCGUCAGGAGGCCCCGGACAACGUCCUUGGCUGCAGUUGAAGAAAAGAAGGUCAAUUCCGUUGCUCUGCAGAAGAUGAGUCGAACCAUUGCCGUGAAAACCAUUCAACGGGCCUACCGGGCGUAUCAGGCAAGGAAGAUCAUCUCUCAAUUUUGUGAGCUCAAUGUCAACAUUGCGCACCUUGCCAACGCUUCUUUUGAGGAGGUGACCCGCCUUAUUUCGGAACAAACUACGAUGAAAGCGACUGCGAAACUCCUCAAAAAUCUGGACAUUCUGACGGCAGAAGACGAACCAAGCGGUGAUCGCGGAGUAGUUCGCGUCUUCCUCAGCGCUUACCUGGUCUUGUCUCACCCCAUGCAAGCUCUCAGCUAUGGCGGCGGCCAGCCUCAAGAGCAGGAGCUCAUGGGCAAGGCAAAAGCGCUCAUACAACCAUUCGAAUCAUAUAUUCGCAUGACAUCCUAUGCUGCUCCUGGGAGCAAGGUCAUUAAAGAACAGCAGGACGAGGUCACCUUCGCCUUCAAUGACUUCACCUCUGCAUUCCAUGCCUGGAAGAGCAAAGACGUGUCGGUCUUGGUUGAGGUAAUGAUUGGCUCAUUUGUGAACCUUGACUUGAUCAUCCAGUCGACGAAAGAUGACCAUGCCGGCCGCGUUGGCGAAGACUACUUGACUGCAAUUAGGCAGGAACAGGUCAAGAUCCUAGCCAGGCUGAAGAAGAUCGCUGGACCAGAACAGGCACUAAACAAGAUCAGAUUGGCUGUCAGAAAAGCCCGGAAGCAGAAGUCUCUGGAGAAGAAAGAGCGCAGUGGGGAGGAUCAUGUGCCACGUUCAGUUGCGCCGUCGACGGGCAGCAUAGACUCGACACCCUUGACUCCACCUGCCACUCCCAGACCAGUGUCGCGGACUGAUGCAGCACCAGCUUCCUACAUCACACAGCUGGGCCAGACCAUGACUGUCUUGCCAACCAACCGCGAAAUUGCACAUGAGAUCCAGAUCAACGGCACGUUCGAGGUGCAACAGCAGCCUUGGACGGAAUCAAGGAAGCAUUUCAUAGACGCCUUGAGCAGAAGCAUGCGCGACAGCAUGGCAAAUGAUGCAGGUCCGACAGCGGCUAGCUGGACGCAUGCUAUGGCUGUGUUAAUACGGGAGAAGUUGAUGAGUCUCGUCAGUCAGCGGCACCCGCUUUACGACCGCAUUGAUGGCUUCCUCGACCCUAAACUCAUCGAUCAGCAAUGCCGCAAUGGCGCGUUCUCGUAUGAUUCAUUUUUCGACACUCUUGCAGGCCUUAUCGCACAGCUAUGCUCACCAGGCCGUGAUGAGAUUAUCAAACAGUUUGCUGAGGAUAAGAGUGCCGACACGAUUGAUCGCUUGUUCGCUCUCAUCAACAUUAUUGAUCUGAUGAGCCUGGACCAUAUCAACUUUCAGUUUCGUAUGGCCUCAAAGUCGGUACUCGAACAUGGACAUGAGCACGAGCAUUCCAUGUUCGAGCGGGACUUGGGUAACAACGCACACACCCUGGAGCACACAGCGCGCUGGUGGCGAGCUGCGAAGUCCUCGUUGAACACUUCGUCCCCGAGCGGCAAUUCCAUUUACUCGCGUGGUCUGACUGAUCUCGUGCUGCAGAAUACUCAUCUGCGGUAUUCUCAGCUUCCCGAGACAUUACGUAUUGACUACCUGAGGAUCCUCAAUCUCAGAGCUAAAGCAAUCAAAAUCGUGGCGCUCUCCGCAAUCUUGCUGACUACAAAACUUCGGCUCCAGCGGAACCGUGAGGCUUUGUGGACUGCCGACAAGAAUCGCCUCAUGAGCGUUGACCUACUGAACACCGAUGCGGCCCGUGUCGUCCAACUGAUGGGUACAUCACGCACCAUGCCGGAGCCAGUUCGGGCGGGUCUGCUGAAUUUUGUUCAACGAGUGCUUCCACCGGCAGUUGCGGCGGCACGCAAUGCCGCUGACGCUGAAGCAAAUCGUCAGAUCUGUAUUCAGGAGCAACGUAGCUGGAAUGCGGCUGAUUUGUCCCUGGAUGGCGGCGAUUUCUUCACUGAGCAAAUUGCUACCUACCUCCUCAAGAGUGUACGGGAACAUGUCUACACCAGACUGUCUGCCAGCAGUGCUGCUGACCAAGCCAGGGUGAUGAGUGGAGCCGCCGAAACGCUCGCUCGAGCCGGUAUGCCCGAGUGGGUUGCUGAGACGGGUGAUCUUGUGCGGGUCAUGGAGCGAGUGAGGACUGUUGACCUCAACGCCCACGAGAAGUGGUACGACCAAGUCUCUAGUGAGGUGUAG